AUGAGAAUCCUUUUCUUCCUUGUCGCUCUUCUCUUCUUCAUCUUCCAGGCUGCUCCAGCUUACAGCCAAGAAGCUGCUGACACCUUAGCAUGCCGGCAAAACCGUGGCUCCUGCUCUUUUAUUGCAUGCUCUGGUUCUCUGGUUGACAUUGGGACCUGCCGUGGUGGGAAGCUGAAAUGCUGCAAAUGCAUGAGCCUGGUGCCAGGGCACAACCAGCUCAUCCUCAAACUCUGCCCCUACUAA